AUGACAGAAAGAAAUCAUUGUGCGAUUGCCGUUCAAUUAAACGAUUCCACCGUUUACACAAUGCUCAACACAGUUCACUUGAUCACGUGUGUGCUGAGUAUCGUGCUGGCUUUUCGUCUACAAAAUGCCUGGCAUUCAAGAGUCUACUUUCAUGCAAAUGUCAAGAUGCUCUUGACAACAAUGCUUUGUCUAGCCGUCGUGCACGCGAUCACGAUGAGCUCUUUUUUGUUCCUCAACUUAUUCUCUUGGUUGUUCGCUGAUGAUUCGUGUGAUUCAUUGAUGUUUAAUGGAACGAUGUGUCUUUUCUUAAGACAUCCAACCAAUGUCUGCAUUGCCGGCCUUGUGCUCUGUCAACUGUCAAUAGCCGUCGAAAGAGUGGUAGCCACUUGGAUUGGUCCCGAGUACAACACUUAUUCGAACAAAAUUGGAAGGAUUCUUUCAGUUUCGACGAUAGUCUGUUCAAUCGUUCUCCUCGGUCCUCUGCUCGCCUCAGAGACGACAGAGGAGAAACAAAUCAAUUGUGGUUUCCCGUCAAGUGCGGCAGCCACGCACAAUUGGAUGUUGAUGCUGGAACUUCUCGCAAUCGAUGUCCUUUCCGUUCUCGUCUUUUUAAUCGUCUAUGGUGUAAGCAAAUAUAUGAAAACAGGAGCAAUGUUUCAAUUGGAGAGACGAUAUCAAAUCAAUGAAACGCUUUACGUGACAAAGCUUUUGUUACCAGUGACAUUCGUGCAUUUUCUUCUUUUCGCCAUUCUCUGUUCAGCGAUCAUUUUCAUUGAGAUGAUUUUCGAGGACGCUUUUACUAUUAUUUAUUAUGAAGUGAUUUUCUAUACAGCUCCAUUCUACACAGUUCUUUUCCCAUUAAUCAUACUUCAUGUCAUCAAGCAAUUAGAUCAAAAUCGGAAAGAAAAGAUCACCGUCUUGGUCUCCGAGGAGGUCUCGGGUCAACCGGGCACUCGAGCUCAUUUCGAGAGUCUCGAUCGAAUGUGGGGCUGCAGUACGCCGGUGAAAGGGGGAAGUCCCCGACCGACACCUGUA